ACGAACGAUCAGUUAUUUACUUUACGUAUGCACGUAAUACCAAAUUUACAAAGUUAUAAUAACAUUCUUGAUAUUAAUGUGGUAUGAAAAUUAAAUAACAAGUGUGAGAAAAUAAGGAAAAUAUCACACGCUUUCAAAAUUGAUUGCCGCUGCACAUGCAUGUGGAUACUUGAACCCAGGAUGUUUAAGAAACAAGAAUCAGAGCAUCAUAAAAACAAGGAACAAUUAUAAUCACAUGACACAACUAUUGACUUUUAUUCAAUUGCAAGACAAGUUUAAUACAAAAGAGUGGAUUUAUUAUUAAGUUGUAUAUGUUUAUUAAGUAACCUUGGAAAAAAAUUGUAUAGAUGUACAGCCUGAAUAGAUUAUCAAUCAGUACGAGUUGGUAUAGGCUACGAACUAGCAAUAAGUAGUUUAAUUGGUGUUGGUGCGAACUAUUUAUGAAGAUGUUGCGUUUAAAAUUUAUCGAGACUAAAUCGCAAAUUAAAAUUGGAAACAUACUAUUAAAAAGGUACGUUAUUCCUCAGAUGUGUUGUGCUUCAAAACAUAAUACUAGUUCAAAAACUAAAGAAGACAAUAUGCAUGAUGAGUUUGACAAGCCCAUACAAUAUUCUACUUCAAAAGCUGCGAAAUGGGAGGCUGGCUCACACAGACGGAAGAAUCAACCCAAUUAUCAAUCAUUGGUGGUAUCACUUAGCUUAAGUGCUUUCUGUAUUUACUUUGGUAUAUUAAGGGAAGAAAAUGACAUUGAUGAGAUGAUAAUUUCUGAAAUGACUCCAGAGAUGAAGGAAUAUUUAUAUGGCAUCAAAGCUACUAACCAAAGAAAUAAAGAUAUGAAAAAACAAAUGUAAAUAAUUUAUUACAGCAAUGUAUUAUAAAAAUAUAAUUUAUUAUUACGAGAAAUUAUGAAUAAAUAUUUAUAGUGGAUAUAGCAAUUCACCCCAUAUUAUAUUAUUUAUU